AGAGGCAGAGACGGGUGACAGAGGGCGGAGGCUGGAGAGGAAGUUUCAGGCCCGCAGACGCAGGCCAGGUGGUUUGGAUUUUGAUCUGAUGUUGUAGGGAGCCAUGGCCGGUGCUGGAGCAGCAUGGGACCCGGCUGUGUUCAGGCAGAUUCUGCUGGCCGUGCACCGGGGAGUAGAUGCGAGGGGCUAGAGGUGAGAGUCACACGUUUGAAGCAGAAGUCACACGUGAAAGCUUCAUGGAAGGGAAGAUGCCAGGGAACACACAGCCAGUGUCAGAGAAGUCAGGGGGCCAGGAAAGCUGCCGCUUUUCACCGUUGGCACCAGUGAGAUGCCCGGGGCAGGAGGGGAUGCGCCGGACCACACGCGCAAUAUGCUGGCAUCCCGGGGCCCCACACAGAACCGGCUGCUCAGGAAACUGUCCCUCCAGGGACCCAAGGGAGGCUCCGCGUCACUCUCCGGGGGUGCGAUAUCUCAUCUCCCACACCUCCCCUUUGGCACACCCUGUUCAGUGGCCUGGGAAGAACCCUGGCUGGGCCAGUAGGGGCAGUGCCUGCCCACAGUUCCAUCUCUGCCACGCGCCCAUAUGGCUUCUCUCUCUCCAUCCCUCCUCCCCCUCCCUGUCCUUAUCUUUCCCUUCCGUCACCAUGGCGACUCACCACCUCGGCUCGCCUGCAUCCCAGCCUCUGCCAGGGAUUCUGAGCCCGGCUCUGUCCCUCCCUCCUCCGGAGCCCUGGUUCCCGCAGUCCUGUCUCCUCCCCCUGGGGUGAGUCCAGAGGCAGCCUCCUCUUUCCCGACUGUCACAUCUAUUUUCCAGCUCUGACGAGUCGCUGCCGGCUCCUCUGGGGAGACCAUCCCCCACCCACCGUCCACCUGCCACUGUUCGGCCAGCCCUUAGGAGGAGAGCCAUCCUCACUGCAGCUGACAGUGUCUCGGGGCCUCGGCUCUCAGCUUCCAGACCUCUCCCCGCUCCCAGCCCCCCAUGCCGAGGUCCGCCUUGUCAAUCAUUUCCUUCUGUCAUCGGCUUGGCAAACAGGAGAGAAAACGGAGCUUCAUGGGAAACAGCCGCAACAGUUGGUCUCACGCGCCGUUCCCCAAGUUGGAGCUGGGCCUGGGGUCCCGGCCCACGGUGCCGCGGGAGCUCCCCGCCUGCUGCAUCUGCCUGGAGAGGCUGCGGGAGCCCGUCUCGCUGGACUGUGGCCAUGACUUCUGCGCGCGGUGCUUCAGCACACACCGCGUCCCGGGCUGCGAGCCGCCUUGCUGUCCAGAGUGCCGGAAGAUCUGCAAGCAGAAGAGGGGCCUCCGGAGUCUGGGGGAGAAGAUGAAGCUCCUGCCGCAGAGGCCUCUGCCCGCUGUGCUGCAGGAGACCUGCUCCGUGAGGGCCGAGCCGCUGCUGCUGGUGCGCAUCAAUGCCUCCGGAGGCCUCAUCCUGAGGAUGGGGGCCAUCAACCGCUGCCUGAAGCACCCCCUGGCCAGGGACACCCCUGUCUGCCUCCUCGCUGUCCUGGGGGAGCAGCACUCAGGGAAGACCUUCCUCCUCAACCACCUGCUCCGGGGCCUGCCGGGCCUGGAGUCAGGGGAGGGCGGCUGGCCGAGAGGAGGAGGGUCCCUGCAGGGGUUCAGGUGGGGUGCCAAUAGCCUCACCAGGGGCAUAUGGAUGUGGAGUCACCCCUUCCUGCUGGGGAAGGAGGGGAGGAAGGUGGCUGUGUUCCUGGUGGACACAGGGGACGCCAUGAGCCCGGAGCUGAGCAGGGAAACCAGGACCAAGCUCUGUGCCCUCACCACGAUGCUGAGCUCCUACCAGAUCCUCAACACCGACCCGGAGCUGAAGGAUACAGACCUGGAAUAUCUGGAGAUGUUUGUGCACGUGGCCGAGGUGAUGGGCAGGCAUUAUGGGAUGGUGCCGAUCCAGCACCUGGAUCUCUUAGUCCGGGACUCAUCCCACCCCAACAAGGCAGGGCUGGGGCGCGUGGGUGACGUCAUCCAGAAAGCCUCCAGCAAAUACCCCAAGGUUCAGGAGCUGCUCCGAGGGAGGCGAGCCCGCUGCUACCUCCUGCCUGCUCCCGAGAGGCGGUGGGCCAGCAAAGACCACGGAAGCCCAGGCGACACAGAUGACGAUGUCCGCCACCUCUGUGCCUACGUCGCCGAUGUGCUGAGUGCGGCCCCCCAGCACGCCAAGAGCCGCUGCCAGGGGUACUGGAGCGAGGGCCGCCCCGUGGCCAGGGGAGACAGACGCCUGCUCACCGGGCAGCAGUUAGCUCAGGAAAUCAAGAACCUCUCAGGCUGGAUGGGGAGGACGGGGCCCGGGUUCGCCUCCCCGGACGAGAUGGCCGCCCAGCUGCACGACCUGAGGACGGUGGAAGCUGCCAAGAAGGAGUUUGAGGAGUACGUGCGGCAGCAGGACGUGGCCACCAAGCGCAUAUUCUCUGCGCUCCGGGUACUGCCCGACACCAUGCGGACCCUCCUCGCCACCCAGAAAGAUGCCAUCCUGGCCCGCCACGGGGCGGCCCUGCUGUGCAAGGGCAGAGAGCAGACCCUGGAGGCCCUGGAGGCCGAGCUGCAGGCCGAGGCCAAGGUCUUCAUGGACUCUUACACCAUGCGCUUCUGUGGCCACCUGGCCGCCGUCGGGGGCGCCGUGGGCGCCGGGCUCAUGGGCCUGGCGGGCGGCGUGGUGGGCGCCGGCAUGGCCGCGGCCGCGCUGGCCGCGGAGGCCGGGAUGGUGGCGGCCGGCGCGGCGGUGGGGGCCACGGGGGCUGCGGUGGUCGGGGGUGGUGUGGGCGCCGGGCUGGCUGCCACCGUGGGCUGCAUGGAGAAGGAGGAGGACGAGAGGGUGCAGGAAGGGGACCGAGAGCCCCUACUGCAGGAAGAAUAACGGGGCCCAGGAGACCCAAGGGAGGAAGAGGUGCCUGGUGGGAGGGCAGGAGGUGCCGGAGGGGAGGGCUUGGGGGCGGUGUGGAGAGCACGGCGUGCCCGACCGCCCUGCUCCAAUGCCCAGUGUCCGGGUGGCUGGCCGAGCUGGACAAUCCAGGUGGCUCCAGGAUCCUGGGGAGGCCGCCUGGGGCCAGGAGGCAGUGUCUGGGGGCAGUGGAUAGAGGAUAGGGCCCAUUCCUGGUUGCAGACCACUGCUAACCUGCCUGUGGUUCCCGGACCAACUUGACCCCAGGGUUUCCCACCCAGAGUGAGGCUCCACUGGCCUCCCUGUCCUGGCUUAUUCUCCUGAUGACCCUGAAUUGUAGGAAGGCUGAGCAGGCACCAUUCUGGAAGUCUCCCUUGGGUGGAGAGGAUCUGUCCCUUCACAGAUGGGAGAAGCUGCGGGGUCGGGUGACGUUGGUGCUCAGGACCAGGGAGCACUAAUGAGGGGCUGGGGGAGAGAGAGAAGGAGCGGCCACUGGGCGGAACCAAAGAGUCCAGUGUGGCGGACAGCGACCUAAUCCCCAGAGUGGAGACACUUUGCUCUGAUGACUUUUCCCAGAGCUGCCCCCAGGAGGAUAAUGGUGGCCUCCCUGACCCUCCGCAGCCCCAGGGAGUCCACAUAUGCACUUUGAAUGGGGGUCCCUGUAGAUCUUCCCUCAUGGGUGUGUCCUUUGUUGAGCAAGCUCAGACAGCAGAGUGCCCAAGUUCUUUCUGGAAUGCUGUCCCAGCAAUGGGUUAGAUGCCAAAGAAAAAUGCCAGUAAUUGCAUUCUGAGCUAAAUCGGACAGCCCUCGUGAGUCUAUGAAAGUCCUGCAAGGGACAGCAAAGGGAAGAACACAUUCCAUCCCGAACACGAACACGCCCUUUUUCUGGAGCCCAUGUCUGCAGGAGACCUGGGUGCAACCCCCCACAGGAACCCAGAGGGCCCAGCGUCCUUCCAUGGGACAGAAAAGUCCUGCUGGAAGACUUCUAGGCUAUUAAGCUGUAAAGUAUUCAUGGGCGCCUUAUAUGAAAAAUAAACUGUGUGUGCUUGA